CCCGCGGAGCUCCACCGUGCCCGGAACGGUCUGCAGGACCAGGAGCUCUCGCGGCCGGAACCCCGUGGCCCCGGGUGGCCGCUGCGGCCCGAGCAGCUUGGCGAGGAAAGAUGGCCGCCCUGACGACGGUCGUGGUGGCGGCGGCGGCCACCGCGGUAGCCGGGGCUGUGGCGGGGGCGGGCGCGGCCACCGGGAGCGGAGUGGGAGCAGCGCAGGUGCCGCAACAGAAUGAUAGCUGUUUCGGUAGUUCAGGUGGAAUUCGUCCUUUUCAGCUUCAAAACUGGAAGCAGAAAGUUAGUCGGACAAAGAAAGCAGAGUUCAUACGCACAGCAGAAAAAUUAAAAAAUCAAGUUAUUAACAUAGAAAAAGAUAAACACAGUCAUUUCUACAACCAAAAAAGUGACUUCAGAAGUGAGCAUAGUAUGCUGGAAGAAUUGGAAAAUAAAUUGAUUAACAGCAGGAAAACAGAAAGAGCAAAAAUCCAGCAACAAUUGGCCAAAAUACAUAACAAUGUAAAGAAACUUCAGCACCAGUUAAAAGAUGUGAAGCCUACACCUGAUUUUGUUGAAAAGCUCAGAGAAAUGAUGGAAGAAAUUGAAAAUGCGAUUAACACUUUUAAGGAAGAGCAGAGGUUGAUAUAUGAAGAGCUUCUUAAAGAAGAGAAAACCACCAAUAAUGAGUUGAGUGCCAUAUCAAGAAAAAUCGACAUGUGGGCUUUGGGUAACUCAGGAGCAGAGGCAGCUUUCAGAGCCAUGUCAGGCAAGCUUCCUGUAGACAGAGAAGUGCUGAGCACUCUUCCAGAAGAAGUGGUAGAUUUCGAAAAAUUCCUUCAGCAAACAGGAGGGCGACAAGGGGGCUGGGAUGACUAUGACCACCAGAACUUUGUGAAGGUGAGAAACAAACAUAAAGGGAGGCCAACGUUCAUGGGAGAAGUUCUAGAAAACCUUUCUGGAAGAACGCAGGAGGAAGUUCAGCAGCACGAGAAAUGGUAUCAAAAAUUUCUGGCCCUGGAAGAAAGAAAAAAAGAGUCUAUUCAGAACUGGAAAACCAAAAAGCUGCAAAAGAAGGAGGAAAUUUUCAAGUUGAAGGAAAAGGCAGAGAACAUCUCUCUGCUCCUGCACAAUAAAAAAGAAGAUAAUCAGAAGCGAGAAGAGGAGCAAAGAAAGAAGCAGAAACUGGCAGUGGAAGCGUGGAAGAAGCAGAAAAGUCUCGAAAGAUCAAUGAGGCGUGCCUCCCAGGUGAAAGAAGAAGCAGAGAAAGAGAAGCAUCAGCAGAAAGAGCGCCGUCGCCAGUUUAAACUAAAAGUGCUCCUGGAGAGUUACGCCCAGCAGAAGAAAGAGCAGGAAGCAUUUCUGAGGCAUGAAAAGGAGAUGAGGGAAAAGGCAGAAAAGGCCGAAAGGAGGAAAACCGCUGCCGAGGAGAUCUCCAGGUUUCAGGAACGAGAUUUACAUAAACUCGAAUUGAAAAUUCUAGAUCGACAGUUAAAGGAAGACGAAAAGGCAGAAAAACAAAGGAAACUGGCAAAAUUAAAAGAAAAGGUUGAAAACAACGUUAGUAGAGAUUCCUCUAGGCUUUACAGACCUACCAAAGGUUGGGAGGAACGGACCAAGAAGACGGGACCCACAGGCUCUGGGCCACUUCUGCAUAUCCCACACAGGGCUAUUCCAACCUGGAGACAAGGACUUGACAAAAGAAUAUGAGAUAAUGAAGUUGGUAUUCAGUUGAUGAGAAUGUCAGCAUAUUCAUACCAGGAGAGAGUCACUGACCACGUUCUUUAAAUAGUACUAGCCCCAGUCAGAUUGAUAACUGUGUUGUAUGUGAAUCGACAGGUACUGAGUUUCAUGUGGCAUUGUUGUAGCUCAUGUUUAUACUCAGAGGGUAUUUAAUGUGUAUGUUGGCCUAUUAUUGAUGUAAACGUUUUUUGAGUAAGUGUAUGUUACAAACAUGAUUUCAUUUAAAUACUCAGAACAUUUCAAAGAUAUUUUGUUUUUGUUAUGGCAUAGCAAAAUAAGUUGGGACAAUCAUAGAGUAACUUUUUUUUUAAACAAAAAUUUUUUAACAUUUAUAACUUGGAUGUGAAUUAGCUCAAGUAACAAAAAUGCAAAGGUUUUCCUUUUUUUGGGGAAGUAAGUUAGUACUUUUCUAAGUUUAACAAAUUGGUAGUUUGUCAGUUGUUACAUUUUUGUGUAAUAAAUAUUUUGUAUUUGUUGGAAGCAUGCUUUGUUUUAUAUAGAGAAUAUUUAUUUUAAAAAUAUGCCUCACCUCAUAUAUAUAUAUAUAUAUAUAUAUCCUAUUAUUUGUAUUAUCGAUAUCUUUUUGGUUUCCUUUAGCUAUUCCCAAUUUCCCUUUAGCCUUUCUGGAUGUCACACAUUUAUAAAGCCUUUGUGUCUAUCACAUC